CAACGUUAAAGGAAAUACACUAAAGCUGAAGCAAAUGAGAAAGUGAAAACCAAUUGAAACCCUAGUUAAUUUCACUUCAAAAAAUGUUCCCGGCUUGUUAAAGGAAUGGACUUUUGCUUUGUCCAUAUAAAUAUGUGAGGAGAGUACAACAUCACCUUCAUAUGCUAUAACUCCAAACCUCAUCUCUUAUAUAUAUAUUACUCACUUCCACUCUCCUUAUAGUUUCCAGUUUAACAUAAUCAGAAGAAGAUGAAUAGGCCGGGAGAUUGGAACUGCAGAUUGUGUAGCCACCUCAACUUCCAGAGAAGGGAUUCAUGCCAACGUUGCAGAGAGCCUAGAGUACUGGGCGGCAUAAGUACGGACUUAAUCAGCGGUUUUGGUAACUCCUUCGGUUUCAACACAGGGCCAGACGUGAGACCGGGUGAUUGGUAUUGCAACCUUGGGAAUUGUGGGACGCACAAUUUUGCCAACAGGUCUAGUUGCUUCAAGUGCGGUGCCGCUAAAGAUGAGUUUCCAAGCUCAAGUGCCGCUGCAACAACGGGGUUUAUAGACAUGAAUGCUGGUCCAAGACGUGGUGGCCUUUUUGGUUUUGGCAGCAGCAGUGGUGGUGGCGGCACAGGACGUUCUCCUUGGAAAUCUGGAGAUUGGAUUUGCCCAAGGUCAGGCUGCAACGAACAUAAUUUCGCAAGCAGAUCAGAGUGCUUCAGGUGUAACGCACCAAAGGAACCUGCCACUGAACCACCCUAUUAGUCUCAUCAUCUUCAAAAAGCAGUAAAAGAGAGUACUGAUGAAGAAAUGGAGCAAGAUACCGACCCGGCAACCCUUUAUGUCGUGAUGAUUUGUUUUUCGCUUUCCUUUGUCUCCUCUCAUACCUCGUAGCACCCUCUUCUGGUUAUUUUAGAAUGUAGGCAAUUCGAAAUUUUUCGGAAGCGUUUUGUUCUAAUGUCGAUCGGUUUCCUAGCUAGCUAGUACGUGUACGUUUGUUUUAAUCUAUUCUUACUUUUGUUAAACUUGUUGCAUUCUGAUUCUACAACCACGAUUCUCUCGUAGUUUGAAGCACUUGA